AGCGUACCAUUUUCGUUUGUCAAACUGAACACAAAUGCUAGCUAGCAGCUAACAAAAUGAGUUUGUUUUUGGCCAAAUUGUCAUGUAAAAAUGACAUAGACGAGGUAAUAAAAACCGUCGCUGAAAAGGUUUUAGUUCUUCGGUUUGGAAGAGAUGAAGACUCGGUCUGCCUGCAACUUGACGAGAUUCUGUCCAAAACCUCCCACGACCUGAGUAACAUGGCGUCUAUCUACAUCGUGGAUGUGGACUCAGCCCCCGUCUACACGAGAUACUUCGACAUCAGUUACAUCCCAUCUACAGUCUUCUUCUUCAACGGACAACACAUGAAAGUUGAUUAUGGGUCUCCAGAUCACACCAAGUUUGUGGGCAGUUUUAAGACCAAGCAGGACUUCCUGGAUCUGAUCGAGGUGAUCUACAGAGGAGCUAUGAGAGGGAAGAUGAUCGUCCAGAGUCCCAUCGACCCUCAGAACAUCCCCAAGUACGACCUGCUCUACCAUGGGAUCUGAGAUUUCACCACGAUUCCCCACCCUUCAGCGCAGUUACAAGCACCCUGGCUGCAGAUCUCGUCGGGAGACCGACGGCGCGGUUUGAGCGCUCAACCUGCCGACAAUUCAUGUGAAAAGAAAACGUCUGACCGGCACAGAACGGAUUGGCCCGGACAAUUAUGGUGUCGGCUUUAUCAAGAGACGCCACUGUAGCUGGCGCCAUCUCACUUCACCAUUCAUACUGAUGUACCGAUUUAGUGAAACUGUCCAUAACUUGAGGUUUAAUAUUCUGAUGUAGUGUUUAGUAUUUUAUUUAUAUAUAUAUAUAUUAGUAUUAUAUUUCCUAGGGGUUUGAUAUUUCCUAGGGAAAUAGAUCUCUCUAAGAGACACAGAUAUGUGUCAGAGUGAACAAUCUUUUAUUUCAUACAAUGAAGAUUCAUUUAUAUCUGGAUGUUCUUGUUGCCUCUUUGUUUAUAGUGGGAAUGCUGAAUCUAAUGUAUGUUUGGUCACAAGGUCAGAAACCUUUUGAACUUUUUGUUAAUAAAUGUGUCACUUC